CCCAAGGGGGUCUAUGGAGCUGGCUCCUCUUCAGAAUGUCAGUAUGUGGAGGAGAACACCCUGGAAUGCAGUGCCAAAAAUGGCAGUUGCACCUGCAAAUCUGGUUACCAAGGCAACAGAUGCCAGAAAGUCUGGAGCCCCUGGUGUAUCCAGUCUACAGCUCUUGCAAUGCCACUGCCCUGGCAGCCUGCCCUCUCCAGCCAGUACUGUGAUUGCCAAGUUUGUCCACCAGGCACAUAUGGGAAGGACUGUAAACAGGUAUGUCAGUGUUCAGCUGAGAAUGAAAAGUGUCACCCAGUCGCAGGGAGAUAUACCUGUCUUCCUGGCUACCAUGGAAACCGCUGUCAUCUCAGAUGCCCAGAAGGCACUUAUGAUCUAAAUUGCCAAAGGAUGCAUAAGUACCUUAAUGGCGGCAGCUGUGAUACCGUGAUUGGCACCUAUCACUGCCCUCCUGGCUUCAUUAGGGCCGACUGCAGUCAAACUUGUCCUGAGGAUCACCACGGGCGGGACUGUGUCCAAACGUGUUCUUGUGGCUCAGGACAGUGUGACCCAGUGACUGGAAGGUGCCAAUGUCCACCUGGCAAAAUGAGAGCCAGGUGUCAGCAAGGUAACAAUGGCUGCAGGGUCACCUUGUCCGUCCAGGCACUAACUAAGCUACACUAUGAAAGCAGAUGUGGUGCCAAGGAAUAUAAUUCAAUGGGCAUUGUUUAUAACACUUUCUUCUUAAAUGCGGCUUUAAUAAUAUGAAAGUACACACUCUUGUUGAACUGUAUAGCAGAUAGCCUACUGAAGGGUAAAACAAAAUUGAAAACAAAAACAAAGAAUUAUUGAUGCAAACUCUUGACGAGGAGCAAAUUUUGAAAUAACUUUGGCUAACUUUUGCAAAACCACCCCAAAUUGUGUGUUGGGGAUGUCUAAUUAUAAGAACUGAAAAGUUUUAUAUUUUCUCCAACUUUCAGAAGCCCAUUGAAAGCUGGAAGAAAAAUGAGAGACAAAAAGGAAAAUAUGAUCUUUGUUUAAAGCUAUAAAAGUUUCUUGGGGCGCCUGGGCGACUUAGUUAAGUGUCUGACUUCAGUUCAGGUCAUGAUGUCACGGCUUGUGGGUUGGAGCCCUGCGUCAGGCUCUGUGCUGACAGCUCACAGCCUGGAGCCUGCUUUGGAGUCUGUGUCCCCCUCUCUCUCUGCCCCUCCCCUGCUCAUGAUCUCUCUCUGUCUCUCAAAAAUAAAUAAAAGUUAAACAAAUUGUUUUAAACUACAAAACCUUCUUGUCCUAAAUCAUAUUAUUAUUAUCACAAUAAUAGUCAUAACAGAAGAACUCUCAAGUUCAGUGAAAUGAUAUGCAGAGAGCCACUUCUCUAUGGCAUACACAGAGGGGCAAAACCAAUGACCCUUUGUUAAAAAAACUAGGGUUGGCUGCAUGAGCAUGCUGUAGGAGCUUCCUUUAACCUCACUGUGCAUCACAGAGUUGCAGGAAAUUGGAAUGAAACCAGGAAGUGCACAGACCUAGCAUCUUUUCAAGUCUGCCCUAGGAUAGAGGGGAUCUAUGGGUGAUAAGCAGCCUUGCAGCUAAGGGGAGCUAAGCCUACACACACACACACACACACACACACACACACACACACCACAACUUUGUGUCAUAUGGAAUUUUACUCUGGGCCCAGGAAACUUCCAACUGGCUGAAAUGAUUUUUCUAGCCCCAGAUCCAUACUCAUCUCCCCUAAAUAGCUAGUGCACACAAAACUAACUAGAUACAAGAAAUUAAAAGCAAAAGCAAAAACUUGAUGCACUAAAAAAGAAAAAACACCCUCCUCCCAUUUUGGAAGCAAUAUAUGAAACCAUUCAAAGCUUUGGUUACUUUUUCAGUGAAAAUUCUAUAAGAAGGGUAAAGGAGAAAAGGAAUAAGAAAACAAAAAGCAGAUGGACAUCGAGCACAGAAGUUUUGCUACGAAGCACAUGGAAAUAUUAAGCAGAAUUUCUUCCAAGAAUUUGAAGGACAUAAUGAAAAAGCUUUCUCUACAAAUCGUGAGUGCAAUGCAGAGAUACAAGGGUUCAUGGAAUAAAUGAAAAGACAACAAAGGGAAAUGAAAAAGUAAGCUGGCAGAGCUCUGAAAGACGUAUAAAUGAAAAUUAAACCUCACAUCAUAGAAAUGAAGACCAUAUUGAACACAGGUAAUAGGAGGAUUGAAUUCGCUUAUGUGACAGCCAGGUACAUGGAGAAUAUGCUUGAGAAAAGUGAAAACAAUGAAAUGGGGAAAAGAGGGAGAAAUAUAUAUAAGUGCAAAAGAAAAUAUUCAAGUAUAGUAUUCAAGAUUUUUUCCCCUGAAAUGAAAAAAAGAUCCAAUGCUACAGAUUGAACACAUUCUAUCCUUGGAAACUCGACCUACGGUUGAUCAGAAGCAAGGGGACUCUCCAUUGGGGACAUAAGAAAAAAAGUGAGAUCUCAUAUGAAGAGUGGGGGAAAAAAUCAGUCUGGCCUCAUGCCUCAUGGCAAUAAUCACAACCAUUGCUAGCAUGUGGGUAAUCAAUGCCUGUGAAGUUCUUGGGAAAAAAAUAUGACUCAAAUAUUUUAUACAUGGUUAAACUUUAUUCAAGGAUAGCAUGACUGAAAAUGAACAACUAUUUUUAGUAAUAACAAGUUGUUGGGGAUAUGGUCGCAAUAAAAUAUUUUUGAAGAAACUGUAGAAGAUCAAUUUGAGCAACCAAGUAAUAAAUGAAAGAUCUCUGUUAAAAAGACUAUUAGUGAAUAUUAAGUCUAUUUUUAUUAAGGCUAAGUUUAAAACAAAUGUGGGAAUUAUGGUCACUUGACGUAAGAUAACUAUAUAAAUAUUUAACAGUAUAGCAAUUUUGAUAGUUAAGCAAAACAGGCAUAAACUGGAAGGAAAGAGAAGAUGAAGGGGGAUAAGUAUACUGACCUUAUUUCUUCAUGAAAAGUUGUAGAAGGGAUGGAUCUGUGUCAAAAUGUAUUACUUAAAUAUGACAACUCAAUAAGUAUGCUUAAAAGUAUAAAGGUAAAUGCUGGAACUUAAAAUUCUGGAACUGAGGAUUUAAGAACAAAAACAUAGCCAACUAAAAUCAGGUGAAGGAGAGGAAUAAAAAAAAUUAAAAUAAAAUUGAAAAUUAAGAGAAAAGAAAAUUAAAAAUUAAGAGAAAGAAGAUUCAUAUUAAUGCCAUAACCACUCAGCAAGCCAAUCUGUACUAAAUAAAGAAAUUAAUUACACUAUGUAAUAAUAUAUUUACUGUCUAAAAAAGAGUCCCUGGACUAUAUAAAAUAAUAUAUAUAAGACUUAGAGAAAGAUGGAGUACACACACUUGUCCCUCUUCCUUCCUCUAAACAGUAGAAUUUUUGUCGCCAUAUUGAAAGCAAACAUAAGAAUCUCUGAUGUGGAGAGAACAAGGCAGACUUGCUAGGGAUUUCAGGGACCUAGGAAACAGGAAUUGUGAAUUCCUUGGGUUUUCAUUUUGACCCAUAUAUCCUGGACUGGGAGAACCUGCAACCCAGAAGGCCAACAGGUGCAGACAAAAGAAAAAUCCAAGAUAUGCCUGCUUUCUCUAAAUGAAAGACCAGUAAAAGGGCAGUGAAGCAAGAGAGAAAACUCAUAGACAAUAACUGAUCAAUACUCCAGUCAAACACUAAAGAAUAAAACUGCAUCCUUGACGAUAACCUCACUAGCAAAGGCCAAAUGAGGAGUCUGCCCUUCCGACUCCAUCUGGAUAUAUGAGGUACCUUUGCCACACACAAGACGGUGUGAGAGAAAAGGCUGGGACUUUCACCCCUGCCACAUAGGGAUGUAUCUUCUGCCCUGGCUAUGCCAGUGGAAACCAUGUGGAAAGCGUGAACUUCCACCCCCACUGGACAAUAUGGAGACACCAUUGGUUCCUUCUAGGGUGGUGUCACAGGAGAUCAGGGCUUUCACAACCGUCAAGCACCAAUGAGGCAACCUUGUGCAAUGUCAGUGGAGGUGGAGUGGGGAGUCAUAGGAGGCACUUCUACCCCUCCAUCAGAUAGGUGUCAUGAGAGGCCCCAUGGGGAGCCUGAACCCUCACACCGACCCAGCAGGAAUGAUGCACAUUUAACAAUGCCCCACUUGGGGGCUAUGUGGAGAACUUGGAUUUCGACUUCCAUCUGAUGAGCCUCUUUCCUUGCAAGUACGGUAUCAUAGGAGACUUGCUAAAACAUUAAAUGAGAUCUAGAAUCUUAUAUGAUAAUAUUCAAAAUAUCCACGUUUCAUUAAAAAAUUAUCCAUCAUACCAACAACCAGGAACAUUCCGAUUUGAAUAAGAAAAUAAUCAACAGACACCAACACUCUGAUGAUAUUGAUUUUAAAAUUAUCUGAUCAGAAGUUUAAAUAAGCCAUUAUAAGUAAAAAUACUUCAGUGAGCAACUUUUGCCAUGUGUAAAGCAAAUUAAAAAAAAUAGGCUCAGCAAAGAAUAAGAAACAUAAAGAAGAGCCAAAUGGAAACUUGAGACUUGGAAAAUACAAUAUUCAAAAAAACCCAAAAACCAUAAUUAAUGAAUGGGCUUAAUAGAACAAUGGAGAGGAGAGAGGGACAUAUCAAUACAUUUGAAGAUAAAACAAUAGAAAUUACUCAAUUUCAACAAUAGACAGGGAAAAGAAAAAAAAAAAAAGAAGAACCUCAAGGACCUGUGGAACUAUUAAAAAAGAUCUGGGGCGCCUGGAUGACUCAGUCCGUUAAGCAUCCAACUCCAGCUCAGGUCAUGAUCUCAUGGUUCAUGAGUUCAGUCCCUGCUUCAGGCUCUGUGCUGACAGCUCAGAGCCUGGAGCCUGCUUUGGAUUCUAUGUCUCUGUCUCUCUCUCUCUCUGCCCCUCCCAGCUCACGCUUUGUCUCUCUCUGUGUCUCAGAAAUAAACAUUAAAAAAUAUUAAUAUGUCAUUUGCAAAUAUCUUUUCCCAUUCCGUCAGUUGUCUUUUAGUUUUGUUGAUUGUUUCCUUUGCAGUGCAGAAGCUUUUUAUCCUCAUUAGGUCCCAAUAGUUCAUUGUUGCUUUUAAUUCCCUUGCCUUUGGAGAUGUGUCAAGUAAGAAAUUGCUGUGGCUGAGGUCAGAGAGGUUUUUCCUUGCUUUCUCCUCUAGGGUUUUGAUGGUUUCCUGUCUCACAUUCAGGUCCUUUAUCCGUUUUGAGUUUAUUUUUGUGAAUGGUGUAAGAAAGUGGUCUAGUUUCAUUCUUCUGCAUGUUGCUGUCCAGUUCUCCCAGCACCAUUUGUUAAAGAGACUGUCUUUUUUCCAUUGGAUAUUCUUUCCUGCUUUGUCAAAGAUUAGUUGGCCAUACUUUUGUGGGUCCAAUUCUGGAGUCUCUAUUCUAUUCCACUGGUCUAUGUGUCUGUUUUUGUGACAAUACCAUGCUGUCUUGAUGAUUACAGCUUUGUAGUAGAGGAAAAGAUAAUUGCAAAUGACAUAUCAGAUAAAGGGCUAGUAUCCAAAAUCUAUAAAGAACUCACCAAACUCCACACCCGAAAAACAAAUAAUCCAGGGAAGAAGUGGGCAGAAAACGUGAAUAGACACUUCUCUAAAGAAAACAUCCAGGUGGCCAACAGGCACAUGAAAAGAUGCUCAACGUCACUCCUCAUCAGGGAAAUACAAAUCAAAACCAC